CUCUUAAAAAAAAAAAACCAGUAUACAACGACGGGGUGGGUGUCGUGCUGCGCUAUGAAGUAGAAUUAUUGGUAGAGCGCAGCAGGAAGUUUUGGCCAUGGAAACCGCGUAACUUGGCUGCAGCUCACACAGUAGCAUAGCCAUCUCUGGCUGUCUUUUCAUGGCGAAAAGGGAGUAGAAAGAAAGGAGGAGCCUCUUCUUGGGAGCGGCACGCGUGAAAUUAAUGCUUCCGUGUUGGAAUUCUCUUGGUCAAAUAUCGAAGCACAAACACCCACCUCGUGAGCCAUGAUGAUCGUGUUUUACAUUUCUUGCUUUGAAAUUAAUUAAUUAUUUAUGAUUUGAUUUCACGGCUGGGGAGGAGUUGAAAUCCAAUUCGAAGGCCAUGCCAGAGAGUACUAGCAGCCAAGGGUUUUAUGGAGAGGACGACAGGGUCACGAAGAUGCAACUGGCUUUCUCUUCCCCUUCAUCUAAUUCGUCACCAUCGUCUUCUUCCCUUCCGAGAUGCGGUGAAAAUGGCGAUGGGCUCGGUGUUCUAGUGAAGAAAGAGCACAUGUUCGGGAAGGUGGUGACGCCAAGCGAUGUCGGGAAGUUGAACCGGCUGGUGAUCCCCAAACAGCACGCCGAGAAGUUCUUCCCGUUGGAUUCUUCGACCACCGACAAGGGCCUGCUCUUAAACUUCGAGGAUCGGAGCGGGAAGCCAUGGCGAUUCAGAUACUCCUACUGGAGCAGCAGCCAGAGCUACGUCAUGACCAAAGGCUGGAGCCGCUUCGUCAAGGACAAGAAACUCCACGCCGGCGACGUCGUCUCCUUCCAUCGCGGAGUCGGCGAGUCGGCCAAAGAUCGACUCUUCAUCGACUGGAAGCACCGCCCACGGCCGCCGGAGCUUCCCCAUCUCUUCUCCUUCCGCAGAUCCAUUCAACCUUGGACGAAUCAACCCCCCUUCAGCCCCGCAAUUUACCUGAGAUCAGCACCGGCAGAUGUGAUCAGGCCACUGGUACAAAGCGGGGAGCCUCAUGAACCCGUAAUAUUCGAGUCAGUGCCGGUUAGGGCCCAGGGAAAGGCUGCAGCGGCUGUAAAGAGGGUGAGGUUGUUCGGGGUGAACAUGGAAUGCCCCAUUUCAGAGAAUGAUGGAAAUGCCCCAUGUAAUAAUCCCUAUUCUGCAAUGGCGCCUCCCAUUUCUUCCUCUUGGAUUCCGCCGCUCCAAUUGAGGUUACGCAAUUCGUCCAACUUGUUCGACAACGAAGAUGAUAUAUAAUUGAAUCAUGAUUGGCCGAUUUAGCUACUUCUGUGGCUUCUUGUAACUUCAGCCAGUUAAUGAGGCACAAGUUACUUCCUAGAGCUAAAUGGAUAUAUGAUGAAUGAUGCCUUUCAGUGCCGCUGCUGCUUGAUGAAUUCAUGCAUGAGUAUAUUACAUACAGGCUCCUUCAUUCGACAUAUCUCAAUUACAUACUUCAGCAAGGCUCCAGUAUUACGUUGUAAUCAUAUUUAACUAUCAAUACCAUACUCCUGAUAGUAUAGUAUAGUAUAGUACAUGAUAGGGUAUAUAUUGUUAAAGAACUACAUAUUUAUGUACAUGCACUGAUAUAGAGACUUUUCUUUUCCCCUUUUCCUGCUGUUGAUAUAUGAGAACUAUAAACUUCUAUUGUAAAAAUGGGUAUUUAUCCAUGAUUGAAUAUUAUAUGAUCCAUAUAUAUUUUCA